CACAGCUGGUGUAAAUAUUACGUUCACCUCAAAUGUUCUACUCAGUCAACAAAUUUUGCUUUACUUUUAUACAUUUUGAAACGUAAAUUCCCUUUGUCAUUAUUAGUAGCAGAAGCACAUUCAUCAGAAAUGUUUCGAGGUGCAUACCAGAGGAAGUUGCUCACUAUUUUAUACAGCGGGGGCAGCAACCCAUUGGAAAUAUGGAACAUACAGGUAAGGAACGGAUGGACACGCAGAGUGAAGGACGAAGACAUGGGCUCGAUAGUGUUCGAGAUAGCCGGGACCAACGUGGCCACAGCCUACAUCGUCAGUCCCCCAGACCCUAGAGGGACCCUCGGUAUCACGCUGCCGUACAUCACCAUGUUCAUUAAAAAUCUCAAGCGGUACUUCACCUUCGAGAUCCAAAUUAUGGACGACAAGAAUAUGCGACGGCGCUUCCGCUUCAGCAACUACCAGUCGGCGACCAAAGUGCGACCCUUCACCUGCAGCGUGCCGCUAGCGCUCAAGCCCGGCUGGAACCAGAUGCAGCUGAAUCUGGCCAACUUCACGACCCGAGCGUACGGUACAAACUACAUGGAGACACAGCGAGUGCAGAUCCACGCCAACUGCCGCGUGCGCAGGAUCUACUUCUCGGACCGCCUGUACAGCGAGGAGGAGCUGCCCAGAGACUACCGGGUGUAUAUGAACCUCCGCCAGGCGCAACAGAAGGGCGGAGAAGGUGAUGCGGCCGUCCAGUCUAUCCUGAAACGUCCGUCCCAAACGGAACCACCACCUUCUGAGGAACUCGUAAAGCUUUCCUCGAAGGACAAAGCGAUGAAAGUGCCAUCAAUUGACGUUGAGGCAGGGGUAGUGAAACGCCCGUCCCAGACUGAAGCGCGAUCUUCGAAAGAACUCGAGAGACUUACCUCGAAAGAGGACAAGAUGAAAAAAGCUCUUUCUGCAGAGAAAGAAGCACAGUUGGAAAUCCCACCUUCGGAGACAGCUGUGGACGACACCUCUGCUGAAGGACAGAUAAAGAGGACCCACACUGCAGACCAAGGAGAAGCAAUGGUUUCCCCCGCGCAGAUAGACGAGUCCGGAGUGGCAGAGGUUGCAGAGGCGUCUGAGGUCGAGAGAAAGGGAUCGAAAGGCUCUCGGAGAUCUGUGACGCUGACACCAGUCGCAGAAGAAGGCGAAGAGCAAAUUACACCCGGCCCAGACGCUGAAAUGCCAGAGGUGCCAGAUGAAAUGCUGACUGAAUUUCCAACUAUGGCGGAAGGAAUAUCGGAGUCUGCAGAGGGAUUAGCGGCCACGGACGAGGGAAUCCCUGAAGAAGAACCUACUGCGGAAGAGGAAGGCGCUGUCCAAGCAAUAGAGCGAGUCGAUACAUCAGAGCACCCAGAGGUGCUGGAGUCUCCAGCGCCUGAGGAGGCAACAGAGGCGCCGGAAGAUGUACAAGAAACGGACACGUCAGAGGAGGCGGGGACACCCCAGGUUGAAAAACAAGGCUCUAAGUCUUCUGCAGUUCUCGCUGAAACAACCGAUACAUGAAAUAACUAUUCUGAUGACUAGAAACGUUGAAAGUUAAUAAUACAGAAAUUAACGCUAGUUAAAACAAUAUUGGAAAAUAAUUUAAAAAUAAAUCUUAAUUAUUGUCUUUCAA